AUGAAUAGUAAUACCAUCAAUGUUUAUCCAUCAUCAUUAAAGCCUAGCAUAACCUCUUCAUCAUCAUAUAAUUACUCGACCACAGUUUUUAAUCAUCCAGAAGAACAACAAAAAUUUGAAGAAGAAAUUCCAGGACGUAAAGCUGUUUUAAUAUGGCUCGGAACAUUGAGUUUCCUUGUUUUUACAAUUGUUAUUGUUGGUGGUUUAACUAGACUGGAAGAAGGUGGUCUUUCAAUGGUUGAUUGGUCAUUCAUGGGUUCACUUCCUCCAAUCACACAAAAGGAAUGGGAAGAAGAAUUUGAAAAGUACAAACAAUUCCCUGAAUAUAAGAAGAAGAAUGAAGGAAUGACUGUUGAGGAAUUUAAAUACAUCUUUUACUAUGAAUAUUACCAUCGUAUGCUGGGAAGAUUGAUUGGUGCUGUUUACACAAUUCCAGCUAUUGCAUUUGCUGCUAAGGGAUUUUUCUCUGGUAAGAGAAGAGUCAUGUCACCUUGGACAGUUCUUGCUAUAGGAAGUGUCAUUGGUUUCCAAGGUCUUUUGGGUUGGUAUAUGGUUAAGAGUGGUCUCGAUGAAAAUCAUGAACUCAUGAAGAAGUAUAAUAGCAUUCCUCGUGUAUCUCAAUAUCGUUUGGCUUCUCACUUGUGUACUGCCUUUGUAAUUUAUGCCAUGACUUUGUGGAAGAGUUUCGAUUUGGCUACCAAGAAUAAGACUGUUGAAACCUUUGCUGGUAGCUCAAUUUUCAAGAUGGUUGCCCCAAUUUUCUUCUCCCUUGUUUUCUUGACUGCUGCUUCUGGUGCUUUUGUUGCUGGUAUGGAUGCUGGUUUGGUUUACAAUGAAUUCCCACUCAUGGGUGGUGCUGUUGUUCCAAGUGACAUCAUGGCUAUUGAACCAUGGUAUAAGAAUUUCUUUGAAAAUGCCACUACUGUCCAAUUCCAACACAGAUGGUUGGCAACCUUUGUAGCAACAGCUAUUGCUGCUUUCUGCUUCUAUUUCAAGAAGGGUGACAAGGGUAAACAAUUGCCUGCUACUGUUAAGAAGUCACUCAAUUAUUUGCUUGCUGUUGUUACUGCCCAAUACACUCUUGGUAUCACUACUUUAUUGACCUAUGUUCCAACAUCAGUUGCCUCAGCUCACCAAGCUGGUUCAUUGACUUUGUUCACAUUUGCUUUAUGGAUGGCUCACGUUGCUAAGAGAAUUAGAUAA